CUCGUUGAAGUUCCUUUCAGUCUGCUCUUAUCGGCCAGAUCACUUCGAGAUCAGGGGAGGGAGUCGGAGCUUUUUCGGUGAGAACACUGCCAUGGCGUCAAUUGGGAUCGAUCUUGGUACCUCGUUCUGCUGCGUCGGAGUGAGCCGACGGGGUAGAGUAGAGAUUAUACCUUUUGAAACAGGAUCAAGAUUGAUGCCUUCUUUCGUAGGAUUCACGGAAAGCGGUCGAGAAGUGGGCGAGGCAGCGAGGCUAAGCUCAGUUGAAGAUCCCGAAAACGUUUUUUACGAGGCUAAGAGAUUGAUAGGUAGGGAAUUCACGGACGAUUGCGUGCAGCGGGAUCUGAAGCAGUGGCCAUUCAAGGUGGUGCGAGGAGAGAGCGGGUCGGCUGCUUUACAGCUUGGCGAUGGUGCGCUUGCAGGAGUGCGGCACAAGACGUUUGCUCCAGAGGAGAUCGCAGCGAUGCUGUUGUCGAAGAUGAAGGAGACGGCAGAAGAUUACCUUAGCUGCGAGGUCGAGAGCGCUGUGAUCACUGUGCCGGCUUACUUCAACGAUUCCCAGCGUCGAGCCACGAGGGAUGCGGGGAGAAUCGCUGGGCUGAACGUGUUGCGUUUGCUGAACGAGCCAACUGCAGCGGCCCACGCAUAUCUGGACCACAAGAUCAUCCCAGUGGUGCGGGAAGAAACGAGCCGCGCGGUGUCGCAGGCGCUCGUCCUUCGGAAUCCAGCCAGUCUGGCGGUGGGCAAUCGCGGGAGCAGCGAGGAUGGAGAGAAAGUGUUGGUGUUCGAUCUGGGAGGGGGGACCUUUGACGUCGCCAUCCUGCGCGUUUGCGGAUCGAAGUGUAAGGUCUUGGUGCUCAACGGGGACACUCAUCUAGGUGGAGCCGACUUCGACAACAACCUUGUGCGGCACGUCUUCGAUCAGCUGGCCACGAGGCAGCCCGGCAGAAGCGUCGGAUGGCAGUCGGAUCCUAGGUUCCAGAGCAAGCUGAAGAAAGCUUGCGUGCUCGCCAAGCACGUAUUAACUAAUCAUCAGAUGGCUUACGUUGAGGCUGGCAACGAGAGGAUCCCGAUCACUCGGGCCACGUUCGACAAGAUCAAUGGGGUUCUGUUCCGAAGGUGCAUGGACAUUGUUCAGAAAGCCUUGGACGAUGCCAAGCUCAGCGCCUCCCAGAUCUCGAACGUACUGCUCGUCGGAGGAUCAUCUAGGAUUCCCAAGAUCAAGGCCAUGUUGAAGACGAUGUUCAAUGGCAAGCAGCCGCAGCAGUGUCUUCAUCCGGACGAGGCCGUCGCUCACGGGGCAGCCGUGCUGGCAGAUAUCUUGGGGGGAGACAAGUGUGUGGACAGGAGUAUCCUCCCCGUACAGGAGGUUACCCCGCUGAGCCUUGGAGUGGGCCUUCGUCUAGACCGGAUCUUGCAGCUGAUUCCAAGGAACACGGAUCUCCCUGCUGAACAGACACAGCGUCUGACCACUGGAUCUGAUUGGGAAACCUCAAUGUGUUUCCGUAUUUACGAAGGAGAGCGUCCAGUUCCCGAAGAGAAUCACUAUCUGGGGGAACUAGAACUCGCUGGGUUCAAACCACGGGAGGCUGGCGAGGCGGAGGCAGACCUUCACGUACGCAUUGACGAGGACUGUAUCGUGCAUGUCUCAGCAACUGGAGUCAAAAACCAUUCGGAGCCGGGAAAGAGAGCAUGUGCAGUGAUUACCAACACAGGCCCGCUGUCGGAGUCGGCCAUCCAGAGCAUGAUAGCUGACGCGGAAAGCUAUAAGAGAGAGGAUAAGGAGUUUCUUCGCUGUUGCCAAGUGUGGGACCAACUCGAUCUGCGAGCGCGGGAGGCGAGAAAGGCUAUCGCUGGGGUGGGUUAUCCUCUCAGAGAUUCGCUGCAGUCUCUUAUCACUGAAAUCCUCGACGAUGAUCACGCAGCCUCUGCCGUGCGUCGCGGCAUGGGGUACGUUCAGCAGAAGCGAAGAGAACUCGAGCUUGCAUGCAAGAGUGCCGGAAUAUGACACGCAGCAACGUUUCGCCCGAUUGGAGACAACC